CAGCAUCUCGUCUCAGCCCGGGUACAGUAACCGCCGCAUACAACAGAUCCUCCGGAUCGGAACAGGAGAUUCGGCUUUGCUCCAUAUCCUGCGGAGUCCAUCCAUGCGAUCCGAGCCCGACUGAGAGCGCACCAUCCACCUGGAUACGCCAGCAUCAGCAUCAGUGUAAGGAGAACGCGGACGCAAGCACCUCCACAAGAAUAUGAUGCUCCAACAGCACUUGCUCUUCGUGCUCUACACCUUCUGUGGGACUGUCAUCAAAGAGGCGGCAACGAAAAACAAAGUGAAAGGUAGCCAAGCUCAGUUCCCCAUCACCCAGAAUGUGACAGUGGUGGAGGGCAGCACGGCCAACAUGACCUGUCGAGUAGAUUAUAAUGAUAACACCUCCCUCCAGUGGUCAAACCCAGCACAACAAACCCUGUUCUUCGGGGACAAGAAAGCAUUAAGGGACAACCGGAUUGAACUGGUUCGAGCUUCAUGGAAGGAGCUGACCAUCAGCAUCAAUGACGUGACUCUGUCAGAUGAAGGACAGUACACAUGCUCGCUCUUCACCAUGCCUGUCAAGACUUCCAAGGCCUACCUCACAGUUCUAGGUGUUCCAGCAAAACCAGAAAUCACAGGCCUCUCGAGACCAGCUCUAGAGGGGGAGGAUGUCACACUGAUAUGCACCACAUCUGGCAGCAAACCUGCUUCUGACAUCCGAUGGUUUAGAAACGACAAGGAGGUGCAAGGUCAGAAGGAGGUGAACGCCACUGGGAGGUCAUUCACGGUCAGGAGUAUAAUACACCUCAAAGUGGACAGGAAAGACGAUGGAGCAGCUUACACCUGCAUGGUAGAGCAUAUAGCUCUGGGUUCUGUGCCAUACCAGGUCACAGAGGUGCUGGAGGUCCACUAUGCUCCUCAAGUAAAGAUUGUGCACUCAGUAAUCGUACCACAGGAAGGACAGUACUUCAAACUGGAGUGUGUAUCCAAAGGAAACCCACUGCCUGAGCCAGUUUUAUGGACAAAAGAUGGAGGUGAGCUCCCUGAUGUUGAACGAAUGAUUGUGGAGGGCAGAGAUCUGAUCAUCACAACACUGAACAAAACAGACAACGGCACAUAUCGCUGUGAGGCCAGCAACCACCUCGGCACCAACAGCGAUGAAUUUACCCUGUAUGUGUACGAUCCUAACGCUCUCACCCAGCACGGCCCUGACCACGCGCUGAUCGGGGGAGUGGUAGCCGUUGUGGUCUUCAUCACCUUGUGCUUCAUCAUUGUUCUUGGCAGAUAUUUGGCCAGGCAUAAAGGGACAUACUUAACGAAUGAGGCCAAAGGAGCGGAGGACGCCCCUGAUGCAGACACUGCCAUCAUCAAUGCGGAAGGGAACCACGCACAUGCAGAGGAAAAGAAAGAAUAUUACCAGGGAGCGGCAAGAAAUGUGGUUCAUCUCAAGUCGGAAAACCUUGGCUUUGCCAAUAAUUACGCUUUAAGACAAGAAUAUGUGAGAUGUAUAAUGUAAAUAUCAUGUACUGUCUAUUGUUUUUGUGUGUAUGUGUGUGUGUUCUUUUAUUGGGCCUCAUUCACUAAACAUGCGUACGCUUGUAUUUGUGCGUGAAACCUGUGUGGUAACAUUUUCACACAGAAAUCAUGAUUCAUCAAUAAGUUCCCAUAUAUAUAUAUAUAUAACAGAAUGAUGAGCAUUAUAGCUCAAUCUAAAAUAUGUUCUACAUAAUAAUGCAAAUGAUCAGGUGUAAUCUAGGCCUAUAUAAAAGUGUUUAAUGUGUUUUUUAACUGGUUUCAAGAAUGACACUCUGCUUUACUGGAAGAUUUUGCUAGCAUGCUUUUAGGUGACCCUUGAGUACUGAGGUUUGUUACCACCACAGUAACACAAGAAAGCACGUUGAGUAUGUUCAACCAGAAGUUUAUUGCAAUUUGUUGACCAAGUGCUCGCGUCUGCAUUUGCGUACUUGUGUAAAGUAUGUUUCUAGCUUAAGUACAAGUUUGCAGACAUUGACAAAUCGCAGGACACGAGAGUGUGUGCGUGUCACUGGUCCUACCCGACCCACUCCGAGUGGGAUUCGAAACGGCGAUCCCAAUCAUGAAUGCACUAGCAAGGAGGCUAUAAAAGUCAUGGCCUCUAGCCUCGGUCGCUAGUCCGUCUCUUAAGGCCAAGAGAUUGAAGUUUAGUCACUGCACAGCUAUCACGUACCAGCUGGCUACCGUUACACUCGCCCUGAAACCUCACUCCCAUCCGGGUCAUGGCACCAAUAUCACCGGUCCUACCCGACCCACUCUGAGCAGGAUUCGAACCGGCGAUCCCCAGCAUGGGAGUCGGGCGCGCUAGCAAAGAGGCUAUAAAACCCAUGGCCUCUAGCCUCAGUCGCUAGUGCAUCUCUUAAGGGCAGGAGAGUGAGAUUAUUAUUUGCCCUUAUUUGGAGAUCGUUUGCCCAUGUUUAUGCAAAAUACUAACUGCAGGGAUGUGCUCCUAAUGAAGGUAAGAAAACAUUUAUAUCCACACUUUUGAAAUUUUGCGUGAAAACGUUUUCUACGCACAUAAAUACGCAACUGUACGCAUUUAUUAGUAAAUGAGACCCAGAGUUUUUAAUUGUAAAAGUGGGUGUUUUCUGAAGUAUACACCCUGUAAUAAAGUGCAAGUGUGUUGUAACGCAAAGAAGAAGAAAAAGGAUACGGAAAAUUAUGUAAUAUAUGGACACCAAAAACAAACUGGUUGAUGGAAAAUGGAACUAGAUGAAGCACAAAUGAGAAUUGGUCUGUAAGCAUUAGAAGCAAGAUUAUUUUCUGUUUCAAUCAUACCACACUGUAUAUUCUUGCACUGUUAAUAUUUGCCUCAAACUUUUAUUUCAAAACUGAAAAUGUGUCAAACGUAAGCACAAAGUCAUUGUGAAACAUCAUUGGUUUAGACAGUCUCAGGAUGCAAAGAAGAGCCUAAUUGAAUUUGUCUUUUAUCACUUGUGUGAAUGAAUUUUUGUUCUCACUUUGUGCACAUUUCAAUCUAAACAGCCAUUUGUUUGACAUUUGAAUAGAAGACUUAAUUUAGAAAAAGGAACUUUCGAUAUCUAUUUCUGACCAACCCUAUAUUGCUGUAUAUUACUUUGCUAAAGUGAUUAUUGGUGGAAUAUUGUUAAACUGUAGGAUCCCAUAUGAAUAUAUAUGAAAAAAGUGUCAAAAUAUCUAUUUCAAGUGUCCCAUACUUUUAAAUUUACUCUCACCGACCACUUUAUUAAGUACACCUGUACGUCUACUUA